CGUCGCUUCACACGCUGAGGUGUUUUCUUACCACUAAUGGACGACGAGGAGACCGAACUUCGGAACCCGUUUCCCUCGCCACCUUCCCACUACACGCGCUACACGAACCACAACCUCAAGCUCCUCGAGCUUUUGAAAGAGCGCGCCAGCGAGGGCGUGGAUAUCAGCACGCUCAACCAAUAUGAUGUCCUCUCGGACCAGACGGACGUGCCUGAAUGGCCCCUGGCGACGCUGGAGAAGCCGCGCGUAGACUGGAUACUGGAGGAGGGACACUACACGGUCUUCGGGGAUACUUGGUUUAUCAAGGAGACUAUCCCUUCGCUAGCUGAACUGGGCGGACACCAGUUGUACCCCCAGGAUCCCGGCGUCGACCGCCGCCCGGCACUCCGCAGCAUCCUGCGCUCCCUGCUGGUGACCUACUCGAAACUCCUGACUUCCCUCCUUGCUCCCCCACCUACGAGCUCUUCCGAAGGGGAGCCCGAGUGGAAGCAGCACCUGGAAUGGAUCAACGUCCUUGCGCAGAACGUGAUGGCAGCCGCCAACGACCUUCGGCCAGUGCAAGCACGGGGAAAUCUGGAGCUGAUGAUGCGAAGGCAGCUGGAGGUUAGGAGGGAGGAGACGAAGACGAUCCAUUCCAAAUGCGACUCACUAGAAGCACAGCUCGCUGAGCUGCGGCAGUCUGCACAAAGCUUGAGCUCCGCUGCGAGUGCAAAUCCUAGCCAGGGCGCGACAUCCUCGCCCGUGCCGCCGCCCGACCCGAGCCAGAUGUCUCACGAAGAUGUCUUGCGAUGGGCAGAGGAACUUGUCUGAACCUGCGCUUCAUCACACCACGAUUGCCCAACACACACCGUCUGAAGUUUCAGCUCGUUGUCUAGCACGAAGUCGAGCAGGCAUACGCAUCGGCUAAACUCCGAGGAGUUCAGCCCGUCAGCGCUUCACAGCUCGCGAUCAAACUCUACCGCUUUCUCAGUGUUUGAAAUGGAGGCGACCGGAACCCUCGCGCUGUGCUUCGGCUCCGACGGCGGGGAGGUUGUCAGAGUACCCCCCGGCCAACGAGUAUCUAAUGGGAAUUGGGCAGGCCAGUUACCGAUGCCAUAUCCGCGCUCGGGGAGAGGGAGCAAGUCUGCGAAGACCGCUGUCUGAUUGAAGGGUCUGUCCGUUCGCACCUGAGGCGUAUGUGGCCCGCGCCUCAUGACUGAUAGGUGUAUCAAUUCGAAGCUGAGCUUGCGUUUGGAAUGAGGUGGUAAGACGCCGAGAAGGCGGCAGUGCCCCUGCGCCCAGUCCUGUAUAUAUAAAGCUCCGCCGCCCAAUUCCAAUCACUUCCUCUG